CUGUGUGUCGCGCGGGCUGGCGGGUGUGUAACGGCCGUUAGGCGAAUUGAGGGACGGAACCGCCUCCCGCGGCAGACGUGGUGGUCAGUGGCCCUGAGUGAGGGAUUUCGCCUCCGCUUUCAGACCCACGUCUUUUUCCACCUCAUCCCUCUUGCUAAGAAGAUCCAUGGCAAAGAUUCGUUGGCUCAAAUAACUGUGAUGGCAAUGCAGGAGAAAUACCCAAGUGAGAGAAUCUCCCAGGCCAAUUCACCAGGUUCCAGUGUGAUUCAGAAGGGCAGUUCCCUGGGGACUGAGUGGCAGACCCCAGUUAUCUCAGAUGCCUUUCGGAGCCGCUUCAGCCGCUGUUCAAGUGUAGCAGACAGUGGGGACACAGCCAUUGGCACAUCAUGCUCAGACAUUGCAGAGGAUUUUUGCAGCUCAAGUGGCAGCCCUUCUUUCCAGCCCAUCAAAAGCCACGUCACCAUUCCAACAGCCCAUGUGAUGCCUUCUACUUUGGGGACCUCUCCUGCCAAGCCAAAUUCUACAACUGCUGGACCCUCUUCCUCCAAACUUCCUUUGUCAGGGUCGGCUGAAAGUGUGGGGAUGACGAGAAAUGGAGACCUCAGUGCAAUGAAACGCUCUCCAGGUCUGUCUAGAGAUCUGAUGUAUCUCUGUGGUGCUGCUGGAGAAAAUGGAAUUGAGCAGUCCUGGUUUCCAGCAGUGGGCCAUGAAAGAGAGAAAGAGGUGAGGAAGUUUGAUGUUCCCAACAUGGAGUCUACCCUCAAUCAGUCAACGACAAUGGAUACACUUUAUUCAGAUCCCCACUACCGAGUCCACUUCCACAGUCCAAGAGCUGACACAAACAAGGAGUUGUACAAAGUGUUGCCUGAGGCCAAGAAGGCACCAGGCAGCGGGGCUGUAUGUGAGCGGAAUGGACCACACCCAAACAGCAACGGGGUGCUUCCUUUGGGACUCCAGCCUGCUCCCGGGCUCUCCAAACCUCUACCCUCUCAGGUAUGGCUGCCGAAUCCUGACCCUUGGCAUCCCCGUGAGCGAUCCUGUGAACUCAGCACUUGUCGGCAGCAGCUGGAGUUGAUCCGUUUACAGAUGGAGCAAAUGCAGCUUCAGAACGGAGCCAUUUGCCACCAUCCCACUCCUUUUGCUCCUUCACUGCCCACCUUGGAGCCGGCACAGUGGAUCAGCAUCUUGAACAGUAAUGAACACCUCCUGAAGGAAAAGGAACUCCUCAUUGACAAGCAGAGGAAACACAUCUUGCAGCUGGAGCAGAAAGUGCGAGAGAGUGAACUACAAGUCCACAGUGCCCUUUUGGGCCGCCCUGCUCCUUUUGGGGAUGUCUGCUUGCUGAGGCUGCAGGAAUUGCAGCGAGAGAACACCUUCUUACGCGCACAAUUUGCACAGAAGACAGACGCCUUAAGCAGAGAAAAGAUCGAGCUUGAAAAGAAACUCUCUGCUUCAGAAGUUGAAGUCCAGCUCAUCAGAGAGUCACUCAAAGUGGCAUUGCAGAAGCAUUCAGAGGAGGGGAAGAAACAGGAAGAAAGGGUCAAGGGUCGUGAUAAACACAUCAAUAAUCUGAAAAAGAAAUGUCAGAAGGAAUCGGAGCAGAACCGGGAGAAGCAGCAACGUAUUGAAACUUUGGAGCGCUACCUGGCUGACCUGCCCACCCUGGAAGACCAUCAGAAGCAGAGCCAGCAGCUUAAGGAUUCUGAGUUGAGGAGCACAGAGCUACAGGAGAGAGUAACUGAGCUGGAGAAUUUGCUGGAGGAGACCCAGGCAGCCUGCAGGGAAAAGGAGGCUCAACUGGAAAGCCUGAGACAGAAAGAAGCCACUAAACAAAGCCUGCAAGAUAAGCAGUGUGUAAAGACCAGUGGAGAAUGUCCAGCCCAACAGGAAGAACGUCCGAAUGUAGAAGUGGAGUCUUGGCAGAAGGAAUGUGAUUCACUCCGAAAGAUUGUAGAGAAGCAGCAGCAGAAGAUGGAUCAGCUGCGUUCACAAGUACAGAGCCUAGAACAGGAAGUGGCUCAAGAAGAAGGAACAAGCCAGGCCCUGAGAGAAGAGGCCCAGCGGAGGGAGACUGCUCUGCAGCAGCUGCGCGCAGCUGUGAAGGAGCUUUCAGUGCAAAACCAGGACCUGAUUGAGAAGAAUCUGACACUCCAGGAACACCUGCGUCAGGCCCAGCCACUGUCCCCACCUUCGCCAGACACAGCCCAGCUGGCACUUGAGCUGCACCAGGAGUUGGCCAGCUGCUUUCAAGAUCUGCAGGCUGUCUGCAGCAUUGUGACCCAGAGGGCCCAAGGCCAUGACCCCAAUCUCUCUCUGCUCCUGGGCAUUCACUCUGCACAGCACCCAGGGACUCAGCUAGACUUGCAGAAGCCGGAUGUGAUCAGGAAGAAGCUAGAGGAGGUUCAGCAGCUGCGCUGUGACAUCGAGGACUUAAGGACCACCAUGUCAGACAGAUAUGCCCAGGACAUGGGAGAAAACUGUGUCACACAGUGAGGAAUGCUGGGGGUGUGGGACAGGCCCUGUUCCCCCAGGGAGGGUCUGGGCUGCUGAGAGCCCCGUCCAGCAGGUCCCUGCCCUGACAAUCUCUUGCCUGCUGUCUGCUGCUAUUCCUAGAGAAGGGGGAGGGCAGUGAGAGUCUGCAUCUGGGGGCCCAGGGCUGACUAGGGAACUGUGCCUACCUUGCCCCACACUGGCUUUGCCUUGUUGGAUUAUGUUUGUCCUCUCAUCCUGGUUUCCCCUUUAAGGGUAAGUUACUAAUGAACUUUUGCAGGCACAAUUAAUAAGUUCUCAUACAGUGCUCCCAGCCCCAGGCUGAUGUCAGAGGCAAACAAGUUGCUUACAUCUAUUCUCCAUUCUCCGGGAUGGAUACCCAUUCAUUCCCAUUCCAUACCUUGAUCCCGCUGGUUCCCAGCAUUCAUUAGGGAGGCCCGGAAGGGCUAAGUACCAGAAGCAUUGGCUGUUUGAGGAUCAGGCCUCAUGUGCCAGCCUUCCUGGGAGCUGACCUAGCUUUCUGGAUUUUCUCAGGCCUAGUUCCACUGCUGCUUCCUCAGGGCUCUUGUUCUCCCAGAAGCCUCAGGAUGAUCUGUUCAUGAGCAAAGAACCCACUAGGAUUGGAGGCCCCAAGAUAGCAGCCAGGGCUCCUUAAUCUGCUCACCAAGACAUUUUACAAGAGACCCUGUUCUCUAGCAGCCCUCAGUCCCUGGGGCCCUGGCCAUGUGGUUAGCACAGCCCCCUUCUUUGCUUUUCAGGCCUUCUUGGGCUUUGAGUAUCAAUUCUUCUCUGUGAUUCAGGACUUGGGGAGGAUUUUUCCCCAGAAUGCAGAAGGGCAACUGUCAAGCUGCUAACCUCCUCCCCUGGAGCUGGGGCUCAAGCCUAGCCUUCUCAUUUGUGCCUCUCAUGUUUGGGGGAGACUUUCACCUUCUUGGCUCAGGGUUCCUUGAGAGUUCAGAGUACCUAGUGCAGGUUAGCUUUAAGUUAAGCUUUCCAUGUUUGUUUGUUUGUUUUUUUCCAUUUCUCUGGGGCCUUUGGACCUUCUGCUUUCUGGUUUCUCUUGCCUUUUUGGCUUAGGGAGGCAUUUCACAGUUGUUUGGACCUGGCUAUUUGGACUGGGCCCAGGCCACCUCUAGAUCAGAAGCCAGGCCAAGCAGGGGCUGUGUGGGCAUGAGGGGAGCACCAAGCAGUUCAGGAGCCCAGAGUCAGCCAUGAGAUUCUUGCUAAGCUUUGGGCCUGCAGCAUUAUCCUGGACUUCACUCCUUGGCCUGAAUGAGGCUCCUUCUUAAGUGUUUUGACAAGUUUGUGUUUUAUUUAUGGAGUGACUUAUCCCUUUCAUUCAGAACAGCCCCACCCGGCCAUUCCCUCAGCCUCUGGGCUCCUGCAUCCUGAAAGCAGAGCUGCCUGGUUGGUCUCCGCCCUGUGUUGGGAGCCCAGCCACCAUGCUCACGGGUAUUUUUCCUUGUAAAGUUUAUAAGCAGUUAUUUAUAUGAAUCUUUGUUAUGUCAACUGGUUUGUAUUGCCUAUUUUGAUUACAAAAUAAAAUAUUUAACAGACUCCUCAGUUUUCUGUAGCCUUCCAUCACCACCUCGCCCUUGUCUUACCCUGUUUAGGCUUGUUGAAGCCAAAGGCUGGGUGUUUACCCAAGUUCCCCAGACAGCAGCAAGGAGGGACCUUUGGCAGGUCCAGUCUCACAUCAGUAUCUGUACCACUUACUUCUGCUCCUCUGUUGUUCUGUUGGGGCAAACAAGAUGUCUACCCACACCCCUUUCAUUUGGGCAAAGCUGUCCUGAGUCAUCAAGCAAGUUCAUCAUUGGGAAGAGUUUCAGCAGUCCUCCCCAGAGAGGAAGUCUCGCUGCUUCUGGGUUGCUGUGAGGAAGAAGCUCGCAGAGCAAGGCCAGGCACUGUUUGCCUGAGGGCACCAGUCUUGCUGGGCUGUUACCUGUCUGAGCUGGAACUGUUUGCCUGAGGGCACCAGUCUUGCUGGGCUGUUACCUGUCUGAGCGCUGGAACUGCGGGAAACUCGGGGGACAUCAUGGCCAACCCCAGACAUCUAGAUAAGUUCCCAAAGCUAGGCUGGUUGCUUGGUUCUGCUCCCUCUGAACCUAUUUAAGUUUUGCUGGGAGCAGUUGCUGUUUCAGACUGCUAUCCACAGCAUGGAGUUGGGGUUGAGCUGGGGGCCCCCCAGGACUGGUUGUGAAUCUUUAACAGAGGGCCAGGUGAGGCCAGGCUUUCCAGUUUUGACACUAACUUCUGCCUCCUUACUUUCCAGAGCUUUUUUUUUAUCAGCCUCUUGAUCUCCAUCUGGCUCGUUUAGGGUGUGGCCACCACCCUUCCUUGUCUAAACCUGCCUGAGUGGGGAGGAACUUCAGGGGAAAUCUGGAGCAGGCGCGGCACCUGCUUUAGUGUGCCUCCCCUUCCCCAGGGUUAUGGUGGGGGCUUCCCUGGGAGGGGCGUGGGGAGGUGGACCUGGAGAGAGGUUCCCUAGCUUGGAAACUUUGAGUUAGAAAACAGUCCGUGCUUUUCAAAGCCCGGAGCUGAGCUGCUUUAUCAUGGCUCCUCCUCUUGGGAGCUAACAGUGGCACGGAGGGGUGGUUGGGAGCACCAAAGCUGGGUGGUGACUGGGGCGCAGGCCUUUGCUAAACCCUUGCCCCUGCCCUCCUUGGCCCUCCUGCCAUCGGCUUCCUCCCCAGCCUCACUGGACCCCAGAAGAGGGUAGGACAGAAGAGGGCGGCUAGAAAAGGAGCGGCCCUGCGUGGGACUGAGGUCCCCGGCGCCUGGCCACAGAGGGGGAGGGGAGGGGGCCUCCGGCGCGCGGGG